AUGCGUCCAUCAGAAUUUCACACUCUCUUCACAGGGAAGAACUUGAGGUGGGAGAUUUUGGGCUUGAUAAUGGCGGUUGCUGGCUCCAACGCCCAAUAUACAUCACCUAAUGAUGCUCUUUUCACUCUAGAAGACGGCAAGCAAAUGAACAGGGAAGAGUUCAUUGAAGACAUAAUGCACGCAACUAAUACGUGCAUCAACAUCUGCCAAACACACGGCGCCGUCAACGAGCUUAUGACAUGUGUCGUCUACAUCAAUUUAAUGGUAGUCAGUAGCUUCUACGGAGAUAACCAUCACGCCACAUGGAGGCGUAUGGGCGACAGUGUCUCCGCUCUAUACGCUGCAGGCAUACAUUGCGAAGCUUGCAACGUAGAUGGCACCAAUGCGGAACCAUUCUUCAUGCGCGAAUUCAGAAGACGCCUCUACGCCGCAGUAUAUCGCUCCGACAAGACCCUGGCGGUGUUCUACGGACGACCUCCGAUGAUGGGCUGGAGGUACAGUGACCGCAAGAUGUUGUUGGACAUUAGCGAUCAGGCUGUGACCUCGGAAGAUCCGGAAGUACUGAAUGCUGAGCUUUCGAAGCUGGAUAGCGCGGGCUGGAACACCGAAGGGCACCUUCAUCCUGCUACUUUCGGCAGAAUGCGAUGUCAACUUGCUGUAUUCAAAGAGAGGUUGCUGGAACAAAGCCUGGCUGGCGAAAAGGAUAGUGAAGUCGUGCGGAACGUGGAGGCGAUAUCGGCUGAAUGUACGACAUGGUGGAACGCGUUGCCAACGCACCUUCGAUACGACACCUAUACGGAAGAGGCUGCCUGGGUAGGGCGUGGUCCUGGCCUAGCCAUGCGACUAGUCGCUUACUACCUAGACUACCUACACGUCCAUUUCCAGACGCAGCGUCUCCUCCACCGGAUUACGCAACAAGCACUCCCAGCACUAUUGGAAGUGUCGCUAAAGUUACUGGUUACGUCCCUUAUCUCAACCAAGCCGCAAAAUGGCGACUACGAAACUCGUCGCCAUUUCCCCACCGUCAUCUUAUUCUACUGCUCUCCAGCCGCGGGUGUCCUAGCACUUGAGCUUAGAAGAUGCACGAUUGAAGGCGUACCACUACCUGACACGAUAUCUCGAGCAGAUGUGAUCCGGAAUCUUUCCGUGCUGACUUCAUGUCUGGAGUGGAUCGUUCUUCCCGGCGACGGAAACUACAAGCUAUGCAGCGAGCUUAACAAGAUGCUUACGCUAGUUCUCGAAGAAGUUCUCAACUACGUGCCUCCAGUUAAUGGUGGGCAAGAACAUGGCGAUGAUGCCGCAGCUAUGACUGGAGCGGGGCAGGGUUUCUUCGACAUGCCCAUGAUUGAGGGUUUGGAACCUAUACCGACUGAGUCGGAGGACUUUUUGAACUGGUUGGAUAAUGCAACGUGGAACAAUACAGACAUAUUUUAA